AUGGCAGGCUACCGCCUCCCAGCGUCCUCUCCCCUCGACACGCUCGUCCGCAAGACUUCUCAGCGGAGGCCGACGAACGAGCCAGCCCGCGCUCAUGCACCCCCGCCGCGCCCGGCCCCGCCCCCGGGCUCGCCGCUCAUCCGCUCCCGCUUCGACCAGGCGAGGGACGACGAGAGCGUGUACACCGACGCCAGCUCGUUUCGCGCCAGGCACGCCUACUCGGAGAGCAAGGCCAGCACCUCCUACGCCGGCUCGUCCUACUCUAUCUAUCCGGCGGACGCCGGGCUCGAGCACUAUCCGCCGUUCAAUAACAACGACCCAGGCAACCGCGCCGGCCACGCCAGCGAGCCCUCCGUCGACUCGUACAUCGACAUGAACUCGCCCGUGGACGACGACCAGCCGCUGGCGGACGCCCAGGAGGCCGUCCUCGCCGGCCUCACCGACACCUACCGCGACGACCGGCCAGGCUCGCACCAGAACUACGACUCUGCCCUCCGCGACUCGUGGCCGGAUGCGAAGCGCGCGAGUGAGGGUGCGCAGAGGGCUGCCAGUGGGCGUGGACGUGGUCCGCCGUCUUAUGCUCACGACACCGUCCGCGCCGACGCCAAGCGCCCCACCCCCGGCCGCCAAGACAACCCGCACGCGAGCAACGCGUUCAAGAGCGUCUACUCCAACGUCGAUAGUGUCUAUUCGCAGGAUGAUGAUCGCAACUCCUAUGGGGGUCCCGGGUACCCCGCCUCUGGACGCUACACCCGCAACCUCGACAGCAUCUACUCCCAGGACGACGACGAUCAGGCGUAUUAUGCCGAUGCGUCUGGUGCGGCGUACGCGGAUACGUCUGGUGCGGCGUACGCGGACGCAUCUGGCGCUGCGUACACUGCCAACGAGGACGUACCGACCGUCGUCGUCUCCUCUCCGAUCACAGCUUCCUCUUCGCGGCAGGCCAGUCGCCAGCCGAUCCAGCAGCACAUCCGCAACUUCAGCCGCCCGAUGCCGCAGUCGGACGCACCCCCGCCUGGGUCCUCUGCCUCUCACCCACAGAGGGCACCCUCUCACUCGCUCACCUCACCCUCCAACGCCUUCGACCGCCCCGAAUCCUCGUACACUGCCUACUCGCAAGACGUGUCGUACAAUCAGGAUGAUUCGUUCGCGCACGACCCGCACUCGUUCGCGCACGACCCCUCCUCCUUCUCCCAUGGCACAACGUUCGCCCAUGAUCCAGCUUCCAGUCACCUCCCCCUCCCCCCGCCCGACCCUCACCACCACGGCCUCCUCUCGCGCGGUCGUCGUCACCGAGUCUGCCACCCUUCCACCCGGCGCCGCGAAGCCUGUUCGACCGUAUAUCUCGACCGAGCAUCUGGAGGAGCAGAAGCGCGCUGUCAUCGAAAGAAACAGAGCGAGAGGACUAAGUGGUGGGAGCCCCAGCACACCCAGUAUGCGGGGGUCGCCGUCGAUGAGCUCCCUGCGCGGUGGAUCACCGUCGAUGAGCUCCCUGCGCGGUGGAUCACCGUCGAUGAGCUCGUUGGGAGUUUUGGCUACGGACAACCGCCGCCCUCUGGCUACGGACAGCCGUCGCCCUCUGGCUACGGCCCUUCUUCGCCCUCUGGCUACGGACAGCCGCCGCCCUCGCCGAAGCCGAACCCGUACAUGACGCACUCGCCGUCGCCGAGCGGGGAUCUGCUGGGGAUGGGAGGAGCCUCUUCCCACCGCGCCCCCUCGCCGUACGGGAACCAACUUUCGGAUAGGGCACCUUCGCCGUAUGCGGCGCAGGGGAAUCGCGCGCCGUCACCGUACUCGCAGAGGGCGCCGUCGCCCUACUCUCAACGCGCUCCCUCACCUUACUCGCAAAGGGCGUCCUCCCCUUAUGAUAUGCCGCCUCCCUCCAGUACAUUUCCCCCUCGACUGGACUCGAACUCACGACAUCCCGCAGACUACCCGCCCUCUGACCCCUCCAUGCCAGGCGCGCCGGGGUAUGAUCCUACGACUAGACAGCCAAAGACGAGGAAGGUGCCGCUGGGUGUGCAAGCUACGACCGCGGGGCAGGCGGGGCGGGGCGCGUACGGGCGGUCGCCGUCGUUGCGUGGGGGGAGUCCGUCGAUGAGGGCGGCGUCACCUGGUAGCACGCAUGCGAGGUCGCAGAGCCGCUCACCCCAGCCGGGGCAGGUGGCGCGCGGGUUGUCGCCGGAUGCGCGGGGGUCGUCGCCCGAGGCGUAUUCGCCUGAUGCGCAGUACGCUUCGUAUGGAGCGAACAGGUCGCCCCAGGAGGAAGCAUACGACGCGGACUCGUUGCCGUCGCCGUAUGACGGUCCGAAUUUUUCGCCGGCCUCUCAACAGUUCAGCGACCAAGGCAGCCCGGCCUCGGCCACGUUCAGUGAUGGUGGCGGGCAGUACGCGAUGUAUAAGGAUGCGGGGCAUGCGCCGCCAACCAGGCAGCGCAGGCCUACACAAGCCCUCUGA